UAACCACGGUGUGCUUGCAGGCGGGGAUGAGGUGUGAUGAGGUCGGCGGUGGACAGCUGGUGCCGUUGGGGCGGGCGGCUCGCAGCCUGCAUGCUCUCGUGCGUCCUGGUUGCGCUGCUCGUCACCCUGCAGUACGACACGGCCGUGUACACCAUCCAGUACCAGAACGGCCUGAGCGAUGAGGAGGCGCGCCUGGAGGCCAUGCUGCUGUCCAACGACAUGUCGUCGACGGCCGCCGAGAUGCCCGACGACCCGGGCGGCGACCUCGGCGCCGCCGGCGACCUGGGCGACGUGACGAUCGUGAGUGGCGCGGGCGACGUGCGGACCAACGAGGUGGACAAGGACCUGCACUUCGAGGAGCAGGAGGACGCCGACGUGGGGCGGGUGCGCUUCCCGCGCACGUCGCGCCGCCUGCCGCAGUGCCUCAUCAUCGGCGUGCGCAAGUGCGGGACGCGGGCCCUGCUCGAGAUGCUCUUCCUGCACCCGCGCGUGCAGAAGGCCGCCGGCGAGGUGCACUUCUUCGACCGGGACGACAACUACUCGCGCGGCCUCGAGUGGUACCGCAAGAAGAUGCCGCACUCGUUCCCGCACCAGGUCACCAUCGAGAAGAGCCCCAGCUACUUCGUCACGCCCGAGGUUCCGGAGAGGGUGCGCGCGAUGAACGCGAGCGUCAAGCUGCUGCUGAUCGUGCGCGAGCCCGUGACCCGCGCCAUCUCGGACUACACGCAGCUCCGGAGCCACGCGGCCACCGCGUCGCCCUCACCGUCGCCCGCCGUCCCCGGCCAGGGCCAGGCGCCGCAGCGCUCCUUCGAGGAGCUGGCCAUCAAGCCCGACGGCACAGUCAACGUGGCCUACCGGCCGCUGUCCACGUCGCUCUACCACUCCUUCCUGCACCGCUGGCUCGACGUGUUCUCGCGCGACCAGCUGCUCGUCGUCAACGGCGACCUGCUCAUCGAGGACCCGGUGCCCGAGUUGCGCCGCAUCGAGCAGUUUUUAGGCCUGGAGCCCCGGAUAGGGCGCCACAACUUCUACUUCAACCACACCAAGGGCUUCUUUUGCCUGCGCAACGACACGGCGGACAAGUGCCUGCGCGAGACCAAGGGCCGGCGGCACCCGCGCGUCGACCCGGCCGUCAUCACCAAGCUGCGCAAGUUCUUCUCCGAGCACAACCAGCGCUUCUACGACCUGGUGGGGCAGGACCUUGGCUGGCCCGAGGAGUGACCCUGACCCCCCGGCCGCCCCCUCCCAUGGGGGCUACACCGCCCCGCCCGCGGCCGAAGACGAGGCCUGGGGCAUGGGGUAGAUAUUUUUUCUCCCCCACCCCCCCUUCCAUUGUAAUAGCUCAUCGCUGCCACCGCUGCCACAAGUCGGGGCAGAGGGGUGGGGGAAGGGGCCUCAGCGCACUCUCGUAGGCAUGUUUGCAAAAAAAAUGUAGCGGGAGAAAAGAAAUUGUUGUGGUCUGUCUUGCCCUCGCGCUGGCCGCGCCGGCAGCCUUGUCCGUCCAGAGCGCCUGCCUCCCAUGUGUUCACCUCGGCGGACCCCACCGAGUGGCCCGCCCUGCCCGGCCGGGCCCCCGAGGCCGCGCGCGGCGGUCCGGUCGAUGGGGAUGUUUUACUUUAAGGAGAUGGGUUAUUGAUCGAAGCGUCUUUGAAACCCAAACACAAAAUCGGAAAAAAAAGGCCUACGAAACCUCAUACACGUUCUUCUCGUCGGUCCAAAUUUAAAGAGUUUGAACCACUGCUAGUCUAGGUUUUUGUAAGUCUGAACAUGUAUUUGGCAGGCGGCGGCUUGCCGUAGAAAUCUCGUUAAGGAAGUCUAAUGUUCAGCUCGGCACAUGAAACCAUAGAUAAACAAUAUUUGGAAGUUCAUGCAAAUUUCCCCUCGUUGGCAAAAGAAGCCUUUAACCAAAUUGCUCGAUGUGAUAUUAUUCUCGAUGAGAUAGUUUGUUGUUUAAAUAUAAUUUGUACAUAGAAUUGUUUGUGCUGAUAUUUCAGUAUUACAGAGAAAUUAAUGGAGAUCGUAACGAAUACAUAUCAUAUUGUGAAUUUUAA